AUGGACCUCCCUGGCCACAAAUUCUUCCAAGCUCCAUCUACAUUGGUACCACAUGGGGAAUCACUCACUGAGAGCAACAUGAGCUUGUAUGGGAAAAGCAAAGACAACCCUUUUGUAGAUGCAUUCCCUGACCCACUUUGCAAGUUAAAUUUAAAAGAGACUUCUGAGUUUGUGAAGUCAUUUCCAAUGUCAAAUGGUAAUGCUGAAAACAGAGAACAGUCUGUUUCACAACAGAGGAGAUUAGAGGCUCCUUCAACACCUGGUAGACCCGUUUUUAGCUUUAGUUCUUCUGGUGUUGGAAGAAACCUUCCAAGAAAGAGUUUCCCUUCCAAAUGGGAUGAUGCAGAGAAAUGGCUCAUGAACAGUUCAUGCAAUGACUCACCAGCUCAUAACAACACUUUGAAAGCCUCAAACAUCACAAACAAACAACAAUGUGAUAACCUUAAGCGACAAAUUGAGGAUUUCUCGGAGAAAUCAAGGGUCACAGAAGAAAGGGUGUCCAAAGCUGUCCAAAACUUUCAGUGGUCUUCAUCUUUGGACCACCACCAUAACACAUUCAGCGCUUUCAAUGGGAUCACAGACAUUGUACUAAAAGAUAAGUUCACAGACAGCAUAGAGCCUAUUUUGCCAAAUUUGAGAUAUUCAGAACCAGCUAAAGAAGGGUUCUUGUUUAGAAACCAAGGUGGGGAAGCAAUGCAAGAUGCUUGCACAGAAGUUGUUGAACACAGAGAUGUUGGGACAGAGAUGACUCCAAUGGGAAGUUCCACAACUUCAAGAUGCCACACCCCAUUUAAGAGUUCAUCACCUGCACGUCAUAACACUCCUGCAAGUAGGUCAGGACCAUUGGCUUUGGCUAACAACACCAACAGCACUGCUUGCAGUCUCGAUGUUAUUCAGCUUGAGGAGUGCCAUUUUUCUAAGCUUCAACUAGGAUCACAGUAUGAUUUAGUCACUUCAAAUUGGAGCUCGAGUGAAGAGGAAGAGAAGGAAAUAUCAAAAAGUUUGAGGCAUAAUGCAAGCCAGAAAGCUGAUUCAGACUGCAUUGCUGCUACAUGGGAAGAAGAGGAGAAGACCAAGUGUUGUCUUAGGUAUCAAAGAGAAGAAGCAAAAAUCCAAGCUUGGGUAAACCUCCAGAGUGCUAAAGCAGAAGCCCGGUCAAGAAAGCUUGAGGUGAAAAUACAAAAGAUGAGAUCAAACCUGGAAGAGAAGUUGAUGAAGAGGAUGUCAAUAGUUCACAGGAAAGCUGAGGAUUGGAGAGCAACAGCAAGACAACAACAUUUGGACCAAAUCCACAAGGCCACUGAACAAGCUCAAAAGAUGAUCCAUAAACAUAACACUCAAUUUUCGAGGCCCAGUUCAUGCGGUUGUUUCCCUUGCCAUAACAAGUAA